CCAAUCUUUAAAUUUUCAAUAAAAUAGUUUGACUUUAUGGAAUUUGAUCAAUAUUUUGAUACUUUUGCGAGGAUUGUUUGUACAUACACAGCCUGUCAAAUAAAACUACUACUGAUUUGACUUCACAAAGAAUUGGACUACAUUAAUUGAUUUUCAAUUUGACGACAGCCGGAUGAUUUCCUGCAUCAUCAUUGCAUACAACAAUACUUCCGGUAUCACAACCAAAAAAUCAACCUAAAAAUAUCCUCUAUUAAUCGAAGAAUAUUAGUGGAGUGUGUUAUUUUUAAGUAGAAGUGAAAAAUGUCUUUUUUCUUACAAAAAUAUACAAAUUUAUAAAUUAAAAAUAGAUUUUAAAAAAACACUAUUAAGAUGUCAUCUAAGGCAUUAAACGAAUAAUAUUUAGUGAAACUUUUUUUAUAAAUCACGUGCGAUCUAAAAAACGAACCCUUUACAACAAAAAUUAAUCAUGUUACUUAAAACUAAACGAAAAACGUUUUCAUGGCAAUAUUACGCAGCAGUUUGUUUGAUAUUGUGUGCGGGCAAUGUUCUUAGUGAGCAUGGAAUUAGUUCAUUAUCCUCCUCCUCUAAUGGGGGUGGACUGUCUGGUUCAGGUGUAGGACUACUUUCACCAAUUGAACAAACAAAUCAACCACGAUGUGAAGAAAUUACGAUUCCAAUGUGCCGUGGCAUUGGAUACAAUGUCACAUACAUGCCUAAUGAUUUAAAUCAUGAAACACAAGAAGAGGCCGGCUUAGAAGUUCAUCAAUUUUGGCCGUUAGUAGAAAUUAAUUGCUCACCAGAUUUAAAAUUUUUUCUUUGCUCAAUCUACGCUCCCAUUUGUAUUGAGGAAUAUCAUAAACCGUUACGUUCAUGUCGGAGCGUAUGUGAACGAGCCAAACAAGGAUGUGAACCAAUCAUGGAGCAGUAUUCAUUUAAAUGGCCCGAACGUAUGAACUGUAAUUUAUUCCCGGUACACGGAGAUUCUGAUCAAUUAUGUAUGGAUAAUAAAAGUGAAUCUGAAGCAAAAGCGGCACCACCACGACCGACACGUAGACCCAUUUCUGGUUCAUCUGGAUCAACAUAUUGUAAAGGUAAAAAUUCAAAAAACUGCCGAGACACCCCAGGGGAAAAAAUAAACAGCGCAAAGGGGGGAUCAUGCGCUUGCACUUGUCGCAACCCUCUAAUUCCACUGGGGAAGGAAUCACUACUGUACAACCGAAGUGCCGUGGGAAACGUCGCAAAUUGCGCGUAUCCAUGCAAGGGGGCGUUCUUCACCACCGAAGAAAAGGAAUUCGCCAACGUAUGGAUCACACUGUGGUCGGGACUAUGCGCAGCAUCAACAUUAAUGACACUCACAACAUUCUUGAUCGACACAGAAAGGUUCAAAUACCCUGAACGACCGAUUAUAUUUUUAUCGGCGUGUUAUUUUUUGGUUUCUUGUGGAUAUUUAGUACGUGUUUUUAUGGGCCAUGAAGAAAUUGCUUGUGAUGGUAAAUCAAUCAAAUAUUCAACAACUGGACCCAGUUCAUGUACUCUUGUGUUUUUAUUAGUUUAUUUCUUCGGAAUGGCAUCGUCCAUUUGGUGGGUGGUUUUAUCAUUCACAUGGUUUUUAGCAGCCGGUUUAAAAUGGGGCAACGAAGCAAUAUCUAAUUAUGCACAAUAUUUUCAUUUAGCUGCAUGGCUAAUACCAACUAUACAAACUGUCGCAGUAAUUCUUGGCCAAGCUGUUGAUGGAGAUCCUGUGUCUGGUAUUUGCUAUGUUGGUAACAUGAAUAUUGAGGCAUUACGCUCAUAUGUCUUAAUACCAUUGUUAGCAUAUUUAUUAUUAGGUACCACAUUUUUAUUGGCUGGUUUUGUAUCACUGUUCCGAAUUCGCUCCGUUAUUAAAAGACAAGGGGGAGCUGGAGCUGGUACAAAAGCUGAUAAAUUAGAAAAAUUAAUGAUCCGUAUUGGAAUAUUCAGUGUUUUAUACACAGUUCCAGCCACAAUUGUAAUUGGAUGUUACCUAUAUGAAGCUGCGUUGCACAAAGAAUGGCUCACAUCAUUAACAUGUCCAUGUCGACAACGUGUAAAACCAUUAUACUCGGUAGUUAUGCUGAAAUAUUUUAUGGCAUUAGCGGUCGGUAUUACAUCUGGUGUUUGGAUAUGGAGUGGUAAAACAUUGGAUUCAUGGCGACGAUUUUGGCGACGUUUAUUUGGUGUAAACACACGUGAUCAAUCUGGUGCAGCUGCUGUACUUAUUAAACCACGACCACCACCAGGAUAUCCAAUUUUACCACCUCCAAGUGGUAGUGUUGCAUCCGCGAGUCAACAUCAUUUACAUCAUCACGUAUUAAAACAGCCUCCAUUAAGUCACGUAUGACAACAAGAAGAUGGUGCCACUGUUGUUGUGGCUCUACCACCAGGUGGACCUGGUAGCACUGCUCCAGCUCUAAGUAAUUAUGGUCCAAUAUAAAACGGUGUGUAACGGGCUCGAAUAUAUAAUUAUAUUUGAUGUGUGUUUUUCAAUGUCGUAAGUACCAUUAUUCUUUCAUGUUGUGUGUACAAAAAAAAAAUACUCGUGGAUAAAAAUAAACGUGUGAGACCAAAAAUUUUGUUUUAAUUUAUAAAGACUUUUUUUAAAACUUUUUUUUCUACUAAAAUCUAGUCGCCAGAAUAUUGAACACUGAACGUGAAAUUGUAAAUAUAAAUAUUAAUGAAGGAAAAACCGUCGCUUUGCAUCUAAAUAGUGUCAAACUUUUGUUUUAAUGACGAACGGCCUAACGAAGAAGUUUUGAAACUAACAAACGUGCUUCAUAAGUAAGUGAAAUUUCAACAACAAAAAAUUACAACCACCAUAUAUACGUAAUUAAUAAAUUGAUGCUAUUUGUUAAAAAAUAUAUAAUGAAUGUUUACUGUAAAUUAAAGACUAU